UAUACAUAAGCUCUUAAAAUUACAAAUAUUUACCAGUUAUACGCAAUAGUAAUAUUCUAAAAAUGUUUAGAACAGGGUAAGAUCAGACCACGUGAGAUGGUCUUUCAGUCCCGUGUUGUUGCUGCCCGAAGGAUGCCUUCUGCUUCGCAAAAAUCUGAGAAACAAGCGCCUCCAGGGGUGCCUGAGUCUUUCUCUCAGGCACUUUCUGUGGUGGAGAAGAAAGCUAGAAAUCUCGAGAAGAGAAAGGGAAAACUUGACCAGUACCGAGACUUGUACAAGUCUGGUAAAGAGUUGAAUGAUGACCAAAAGAGUGCGAUCCAAAAGUACAAUGAGGUCGUCCAUUCGCUGGAAAUCGUGCGUGACAUGCAGAAGCAGUUUGCGGCGAUCAACGCCGAGACGCUGAAGGUGCUGAAGAAGCAGUGGAAGCGUGAGAUGACGGAGCGCAAGCAGCACGAGGUCGCCCUGUACCGCGAGCUGCUGCAGGUGCAGGACCUGCUCGCAAACAUGGGCGGCGACGACGUGCGCCAGGACUUCCUACACGGCAGAAACCGCGCCUGCGUGCUGAGCGAAGAGAAUCUUAACCAGCUGGAUGGUCUCUACAAGAUGGUCUCGCCGAGUCGAGAGCCAGAAGAGGGCGACACCGGUUUGGAGAGCUUCGCGCAGCAGGUGGCGGCGUCCGCCGAACAUAUCUACAACCUCAUCGAGGCGCGGCCGAAAGGGGUGUUGGACACCACCUACAAGGACCUGCGAGCCGUGCUGACGUCGAUCGCUGACUCGCACUACUUUGACACGGAGGGCGCCAGCGAGGAGGCUGCCGCCGCCGCCGCCGUCGCCGAGGGCGAGACCAAGGAGGAAGAGGAGGAGGAGGAGGAAGAAGAGGCUGCCGAGGAGGAGGGGCAGCAGCAGGAGCAGCAGCCGCAGCAAGAGACGGCAGGUGCGAGGCGCGCCUUCGAUAUUUGUUAUUGUUGGCGAUGGAUGUGUGUGCAGUGCUGUUAGUUCCGUCAGCGACGUAAACAAUAUCGCU